AUGUUCCCUAAGGCUACUCUUCUCGCUCUCGCUCUCGGCUCCGUGGCUAUUGCCCAGCAAGUCGGUACCUACACGGCCGAAGUCCACCCCAAGCUCCCUUUCCAACGUUGCACCAAGAACGGCGGUUGCGUGACCGAGACCAACGGUCAGGUCGUCCUCGAUGCCAACUGGCGCUGGGUCCACGACAAAAACGGCUACACCAACUGCUACACCGGCAACUCCUGGAACGCCACGCUCUGCCCUGAUGGCAAGACUUGUGCGGCCAACUGUGCUGUCGACGGUGCUGACUACCAAGGCACUUAUGGUAUCACUGUCAGCGGCAAUGCGCUUACCUUGAAGUUCCUCACCAGCAGCGGCAGCAGCAAGAACAUCGGCUCUCGCGUCUACCUCAUGGCCAGCGACUCCAAAUACGAGCUCUUCAAAGUUCUUAACCAGGAAUUCACUUUCGACGUCGACACUUCCCAACUUCCCUGCGGUCUUAACGGCGCUCUUUACUUCUCAGAAAUGGACGCCGACGGUGGUUUGGCCAGGCACCCUACCAACAAGGCUGGUGCCAAGUACGGAACCGGAUACUGCGAUUCACAGUGCCCCAAGGACAUGAAAUUCAUCAACGGAGAGGCUAAUUCUGAGGGUUGGACUCCUUCUGAAUCCGACCCGAACGCCGGAAACGGCAAGUACGGAACCUGCUGUAACGAGAUGGACAUCUGGGAGGCAAACUCCAUUUCCACCGCCUACACACCCCACCCUUGUACUGUCGAAGGCCCUUAUCGAUGCUCCGGAGCUGAGUGCAACACUCCCACCGACCGCUAUGGUGGUGUCUGCGACCCCGAUGGCUGCGACUUCAACCCCUAUCGCAUGGGUGACAGGACUUUCUACGGCCCCGGCGCCACCAUCGACACCAAGAAGAAGAUGACCGUCGUCACCCAGUUCAUCACCACGGACGGUACCGCCAACGGCAGGCUCAAGGAGAUCCGCCGCCUCUACGUCCAGGACGGCAAGGUCUUCCAAAACUCCAAGGUCAACAUCCCUGGACUGUCAUCCUCCUACGACUCCAUCACCGAGGAGUUCUGCACAGAGCAGAAGACCGUCUUCGGCGACUCUGACAGCUUCGAGGCCAAGGGUGGUAUGGCCGGUAUGGAGGCUGGUCUCCGCAAUGGUAUGGUCCUCGCCCUCAGUAUCUGGGCUGACCACCACGCCAACAUGCUCUGGCUCGACUCCACCUACCCCGUCGACUCGACUGCUCCCGGUGCCGCUCGUGGAAGCUGCCCAACCACUGGUGGCAAGCCCGCUGACCUUGAGAAGAACUCCCCUAACGCCCAGGUCAUUUACUCCAACAUCAAGAUUGGCGAUAUUGGCUCGACCUACCAGGGCUCUGCUGGCACCACCCGUCCACCCGUCAGCACCACCACCACCGGCAACGUACCCAUCAGCACCACCACCACCGCCAACCCAGCCCAACAGACCAAGUACGGACAAUGCGGCGGCCAAGGCUGGAAUGGACCCACCACAUGUGUUCCUGGAUCUACUUGCGUCUACAGCGGCCCAUGGUACAGCCAGUGCUUGUAA